GCGGGGACCAAGAUACAAGGCUAUUUUCCCCGAGUAUCUGCAUCCCGCCUUCCGUCCACGUCUGCUCACCGUCAGCCGCCACCCUCUUCUCCUGCGCAGAUUCCGGCGAGCCGGGCCAUGCAGCCUGCAGUGCUUCUCGGCCUCCUGGGAGCCACGAUGAUGGCGGCUGUCAGUUCUAUGCCAGUGGACAUCAGGAACCACAGUGAAGAAACGGUGACUCGCUGCAUCAUCGAGGUCCUCUCAAAUGCCUUGUCGAAGUCCAACACUCCACCCAUCACCCCUGACUGCCGACAAGUCCUGAAGAAGAGUGGAAAACAGCUCAAAGAUGAAGAGAAAAGUGAAAAUGAAAACACAAGAUUUGAAGUGAGAUUGUUAAGAGACCCAGCUGACGCCUCAGAAGCCCCCAGGACCUCCAGUAGGGAGGACGCAGGGGAGGAGGACGCCCAAGGCCAGACAGUGGCAGACACAGAGGGCGGUGGGCACAGCCGAGAGCGGGCAGGCGAGCCCCAAGGCAGCCAAGUGGCCAAAGAAACAAAGGCACGCCAUUCUGAGAAGAGCAAGGGACACGACAGGGAGGAAGAAGAGGCAGAGAAAUAUCAGAAAAGGGAGCGUGUGGAAGAUGGCAGUGAGGAGAGACACCCUGGAGGGCCAGGAGAGGCACAAACUGCUCUUCCCAGCCACAGAAACCAGACUCCAGCUAAGAAAGAGGAGUUAGUGUCCAGAUAUGAUACGCAGUCUGCGGGGGGCCUGCAGAAGUCUCACAGCCGGGAGAGGAGCAGCCAGGAGAGUGGAGAGGAGACCGGGAGCCAGGAGAAUGGGCCCCGAGAGCCGCAAAGCCACCCCGAGCGCUGGGAAGGACCUGAGGAGAGCGAGGAGGAUGUCAGCCCCGAGGCAGACAAGCGACGCUCGAGGCCAAGACACCACCACGGGAGGAGCAGGCCCGACAGGUCCUCUCAGGAAGGGAGUCCUCCCGCUGAGGGAAGGGUGUACUCCCGGGAGGAGCCACACGUGGGCACAGGCAGCUCAGGGGAAAAGAGAGCCCGCCACCCAACCCUCUCCAGGGCUUCGGAGGAAGAAGCCGAAUACGGGGAGGAAGUGAGGAGUCACCUGGCUGCCCGGGCUCCCGGGGACCUGGAGAGGGCACGAUAUGGGGGCAAAGGAAGUGAAGAGCACUGGGCUCCCAGGCCUCGCAGUGAGGAGAGCCCAGAGCAGGAGGACAGGAGAAAAGGCCUCAGCCUAGAGCUGAAUAGCAUGGCGCACGGCUAUGACGAGGAGAGCGAGGAAGAGAGAGGCCAGGAGGGGGGACCCCACCACAGAGCCCGGGGAGGGGAGCCGGGAGCCUACUCCACUCUACACCAAACAGAAGAGAAACGGUUCUUGGGUGAAGCGCACCACCGUGUUCAGGAAAGCCAGACGGAAAAGGCGAGGCGGCAUCCACCAGGCGAGGUGCGAAAUUACCUCGACUAUAACGAGGAAAGGGGUGAGGAAGGGGCCCGAGGGAAGUGGCCACAGCUGGGGGACCCGCAAGACGCUGAAGAGAACAGGGAAGAAGCUGGGCUUCGAGGCAAACAGUAUGCUCCCCCUCACAUCACCGAAAAGGAGAGAUUAGCGGAGCUUGUCAGUCCAUACUACGACCCUCCCCAGUGGAAGAGCAGCCGGUUUGAGAGAAAAGACCACCUGGAUGACAAUUCUCUUGAGGGUGAAGAGGAGAACGGGCUGACCUUGAAUGAGAAGAAUUUCUUCCCAGAAUACAACUAUGACUGGUGGGAGAAAAAGCCCUUUGAAGAGGAUGUAAACUGGGGGUAUGAGAAGAGAAACCUGGCCCCCAAACUGGAUCUGAAAAGGCAGUACGACAGAGUGGCCGAACUGGACCGGCUCCUUCACUACAGGAAGAAGUCAGCUGAGUUCCCGGACUUCUAUGGCUCGGAGGAGCAGAUGCACCGUCGCCACACAGCAGAAAAUAAAGAGGAGAGAGCUGGCCAAGGAGUUCUGACGGAGGAAGAGGAAAAAGAACUUGAAAACUUGGCUGCGAUGGAUUUGGAACUACAGAAAAUAGCUGAGAAAUUCAGUGGUAACCGAAGGGGCUGAUGGUCAUUGGAGCAAAGGGCAGAUUUUAAAAGCAGCCCUCACAUGAUCUGUUUUCCACCACUUCACUGAAAGACCCCAUUUAUUUACCCAAAGGCAGAACGUAGAAUUUACUGUUCAUCAGAUGUUUGACAUGAUUGGAAAGAAAUGUCCUUAAUUUUUGCCAGAAUGUUAUUGAAAAUAUGAAUAGUAUGACUUGUAGCAUAUUCUUUAUCAAAUAAUAGAUAUAUUAACAUGCUUGUGACAAUGACUGUGCUACUGUCCUUGAAAAAAUGUCUCAGUUUGAAGUAAUAAAAGAUUCACCUGAGGCCAAAAGUGUCAUGUUCUCAGCUUCCUUUGGGCUAAUAGGGAGGAGUAUGACUUUUAGAUUCAUUCUUCAAAGUACAUUCUAAAAUAUAGC